AUUAGGUUUGUCACAAAUCAACAUCAUUUGAAUAUAUUGUUUCAUAAGAGACAAAGUAACCUAUUUCUAGUAGCAAUGGCUUUCAAGUCAUUAGUAUUAACCAUUGCCAUAAUGGCUGUGCUAUCUUCAACGAGCCAUGCAUUUGAUCCUAGCCCUCUUCAGGAUUUCUGUGUUGCUCUUGAUGACUCCAAGAAUGCUGUUUUUGUGAAUGGAAAAUUUUGCAAGGAUCCAAAUCUUGUUGUGGCGGAGGAUUUCUUUAAAGCAGGUCUUAACAUGCCUGGAAAUACUUCAAACCCACUUGGAUCUGCUGUAACUGCUGUGAACGUCCUUAACUUACCUGGAUUGAACACUCUAGGCAUUUCUUUAGCUCGUAUUGACUAUGCACCAUAUGGUCUCAACCCGCCACACACUCAUCCUAGAGGAACUGAGAUUCUUCUUGUCCUUGAGGGCACACUCUAUGUUGGUUUUGUCCUUUCAAAUCCGGGUCCAAAUAUGAAGAACAAACUCUUUACCAAGAUUCUACAUCCUGGAGAUGUGUUCAUUUUUCCAAUAGGUCUCAUUCAUUUUCAAUUUAACGUGGGAAAGACUCAGGCUGUUGCAUUUGCUGGAUUGAGUAGUCAAAAUUCAGGAGACAUCACUAUUGCAAAUGCAGUAUUUGGCUCAGACCCACCGAUCAAUGACGAUGUUCUCGCCAAAGCAUUCCAAGUUGACAAGAAAAUUGUGGAUUACCUCCGAUUACAAUUCUCGUGGGAUAACAACUAAAACGUUAUUUUAAAAAAAGAUAUAUGAUCUAAAGAUAAUUAUGGUUUUGUGGACUGCUUGUGUCACAAAAUUAUUAAAUAAGUAUUGAUCAUGUCGACUGGUUUAAUUUCCUCUCCAUUUUAUUGUGAUGUAUUGGAUGAGGAUAUAUGUUAUGUGGUUUGUUAUGGAAUAAAAAUAAGUUACUUGUUUGUGAUA